AUGACAACGGUGGUGGUAGUGGUGGUGGCGAUGUUGGAGGUGGAGGUGUUGGAGAGUGGUGGUACCUGCGGUGAUGGUUGUGGCUUGGAGGUGUUGGAUGGUGGUGGUGGUGCCGGUGACGGGUGGUGGCAUUGGAGGGUGGUGGUGCCGAUGGUGGGUGUGGUGACGGCGACAGUGGUGGUGGUCGUGGGGAAGAUUGGGGUGGUACUGGUGGAGGGUGGAGGUGGUGGUAGCAGUUGUGAUCGUGGUGAAGGUGGUUGUGGUGGUGGUGGAGGGUGUGGUGGUGGCUGUGGAGAAGAUGGUGGUGGUGGUGGUGAUGGUACUGGUGAAAGAUAA